AUGUCGAAUACCUUAGGGAUUUUGGAUAAUGUGUCAUUAAAUGUCAAGAAAAAGAAAAUUGUGCUGGAUAAGAAAUAUAAUGCCAUUGAUACAUUAAAAGUUACUCAAAGAUUAAAUGAGAAUAAAAAUAAAGAAGAUUUAUCUUUAGAUUCAAGUUGUAAUGUUCUGAACAGUUUCAAAGAAGAUAGUCUACCUCCUCCUCCAAAUACUAUUGAUGACGAUUUAUCAACUUCUCAAAUCACUAACUUAGUGAGGUUGUCAACUCCUAACAAAGAUGACUAUUCAAUUGAUCUAUCAACAGAACGAUCGAAUAAUAUUGACUACUAUCUAAAAAAAGGUCACAAUACAGGAGAACAUGACACUAGUGCCUCCAUAAACUUAAGUACAAGGGAUUACUCUCAAAGGAACAUCAGCAAGGAUUUUUCUGAUUCAAUACUAGUUGGUAAGUCUUCUAUUGCUUUGUAUAUUGGAGAUUUAGGUAAAGAUGUCACAGAGGGCAUGCUAAAUUCCAUUUUCAAUUCUUAUAAUUCUUUCGUUUCAGCGAAAAUUUGUAUUGAUUCGAAAACAGGGGAGUCAUUAGGAUACGGAUAUUUGAACUUAAGUAACAGAGAAGAAGCUUACUCUCUUCUUGAAAGAUACAACUACACUAACAUUUUUGGUCGUGAAGUUAGAAUAAUGCCAUCAUUAAGAAAUUCGACAAUGAGGAAACAGAUUGGUACCAAUAUUUACCUUGCAGGACUCUCAUUAAAAAAGAAAGGUAUUACAACAAGAAUAUUCUAUGAUUAUUUUAAAAUUUAUGGUAAGAUUCUGUCAUGUAAAUUAAAUUUUGAAAAAGAUAUUGGUUUUAUUUUCUUUGAAAAUAAAUCGAUUGCAAACAAAGUUAUUGAAAUUUAUAAUGAUAAAACCUUAUUUUUUGGUAACAAAAUAAAAUGCAAUGUUCAUUUAGAUAAAGAAGAAAGAGGAAAAACUAGUUUAAUUAAUAAUCAAAGCAUUAAUUUAAAGCUGAAUUCAGCUAAUAAUGCAUCGAAUGACGAUAAGCAGGUCACUCCUCAACACAAACUUACGAAAAUUGCUACUACUGUUAAAGUAAAUGAAAUAAAUAAACGAGAAAUUUUGAUAAAGAUAUUUUCUGAUUGUGUUGAUGAAGAAAAGUUACUUGUCAUUUUCAAAAAAUUUGGUAAAAUACAUAGCGUCACAAAAUUAUUAUCUUCUAAACAUGGCAAAAAAAAAACUCAUCAAAUAUAUAUAUUAAAGUUUGACACUAAAGUCAAUUUGAAAAAAGUUAUCUCAAAAACUAAUAAUACUGUUAUAGGUGAUAAUAAGAUAAAAGUAUCCUUUGCAAAAACUGCCUUAGAUCCACUUCAAGAAAUAGGUCAUAAACCUUCCAAGAAGAAUAAGAAAAAAAAUAUUGUUUAUUUGAGUAACUUAAGCUCAAUUUGCACAAUUGAAUUUCUAAAACAAUUUUGUUUUCUAAAAAAUAUUAGACAGGAGACAAUAAAACUCAAUAAUUCACAAAAUAAUGACUCUUCAUUAAACGCUUCAGUACUUUGCAAAACUAAAAAUGAUGCAAAAAAGUUAUUUAAUUGUUUAAACGACAGGUUAAUCGGAGGUUCGCAGAUUAAAACUUCUUGGCACGACAUGUCAAAAUCAGUUUUACCUAAACUACCCAAUAAGAAUGGGUUAGAUGCAAAUUUCAAAACUGAACAUUCUUUAAAGAAUGUUAGUUCCUCCCACGACAAAACUUCCUAUAAUAAUAUAAUUGCUGCUAGGGAAAAUAAAUUUAUCUUGUCUAGUCAAAAUUUUUCAAUGAUGAGGAAAAUUAAUCAAAGUUAUAUCCCGAUCAGUUCUGGGACUUUUAAUGACGGAUCUUUAAACUUAGCAUUUCAGAAUAUAAAUAAAAAUGAAGUGUUACAAAUGCUGAAAAAACAAGUUAAUAAAGGGUUGGAUUUUAUAAAAUAUCCUACAGCAACCCGUGAUAUAAACAUAAGCUGCAUUUCAGAAUAUAUUUUCGAAGUGUUCUGGAAUAAAAACGCUACAAAACUUUGGAAUUUUCUAAUGACAAUUUCCAUGAACACCUAUAAUGAAAGUUUUUUGCAGAACCAAAUUGAAGCAGCAGCAGAUACAUUAGGAUUUAGAAGGUGA